AUGAGUAAAGAAAGUACAACACCAAACGAAAUCAAUGAAAGAAAAAUAGAAGAGAAACCUCAUAAAGAAGAAAAGAAGAUGAAAAAACAAAGAUAUAAAAAAGAAGAAAUUCUUGGAAAUCCAUUAGAAGAAUAUUUUGAGAAAGUUUCUAAAAAUGUUGCACCAUAUAAUCCAAUAGGAAGAGCAGAAGAAGAAAUUGAAGAAGGAUUUUCACAAAAAAGUAUAUUUUAUAUUAAUAAAUUAUUUGCUGAUGCAGCACAAGAAAGAAAUUAUGGAAAAGUUAUUUAUUUAUAUAAAAAAUUAAUUGAAAGUGGUAUUAAAGAAGAUCUUCAUACAAUUACUAAUAUUAUUAAUUCAGCUGCUAGAGUUGGUGAUGGAAUUUUAGUUGAUAAAACAUGGAUAAGAAUGAAACAAUUAGGAUUAAAAGCAAAUGAAGUUACAAGAACCGUUUCAGUUAAAGGAUAUUUUGCAGCUGGAUUAGUUGAGAAAGCAAUGUACACAUAUUAUUGUAUGGAUAAUAGAAAUAAUAUUAGAAGUAUUAAUGCAGCAAUUAGAGGAUUAUUAAGACUAGGAAAUUCAAAACAAAUUCAUACAUUUACAAAACAUCCUAUUAACGCAGAAGAUAUGACUACAAAAGAAUAUCUUACUGCAUUGUAUUCAAUAGAACAAGAAAUUUCAUUAGUUAGAAAGAUUAUGGAAAGUAUUAAUAAUGAAGAUGAAAUGUCAGCUACUUCUUUAAUUAAUUUAGCUACAUUAAAUUGUCUUAUUGGAGAUGUAGAAACAGGAGAUUUAUUAUUAAAAGAAUUUGAAGACAUUUCUAAAAGAGAAACAGAUGCUAGAAAAUCAAUUCGUUUAUUUAAGAAACAUCAAGUCGCUCAAUUAAGAAAUAGAAGAAAACACAUUAGAACAUUUAUAUUAAAUACUCAACCCAUUUUAAAAGAACAAAGAAAGAAAUAUUCAUUUAGUCAAGCAAAAGAAGUUUUUCAAAUGUAUCCUCGUGAAAUUAAUGUACUUCAUUUUGAAGAAGUAUUUAAAAAUAAAAAUCCAAUUAAUAUUGAAUUAUGUAGUGGAUAUGGAGAAUGGCUAAUUACUAAAGCUGAAGAAAAAAAAGAUGAAAAUUGGGUUGGUGUUGAACUAUAUCGUGAUCGUGUUUAUAAUUCUUGGGCUACUAAAGUCUUUGCUGGAUUAGAUAAUGUUGCUUGUGUUUGGGGAGAUGCAAUGAAUGUUUUAAUGUUAAAUAUAAUGGCAGACAGUAUUGAUAAUAUUUAUUUAAAUUUCCCAGAACCACCAAAAUAUGAAAAUUCACCUACAAACUUGUUUACAAUUCAAUUCUUUUUCCAAGUUGCUCGUAUACUCAAAUUGGAUGGAGUUUUUUGUUUAUUAACUGAUUCUCCUAUUGUUGUUAAUAUUGUUAAUAAACAAUUUGCUCAUAGUGAAAUAUUAAGAAAUAAGUUCCAAAUUCAAGGAAAAACUAUGUUUGAAAAGAAACUCCCUGAAGGUUAUGGUACUUCAUAUUUUGAUCAAUUAUGGAAGAAUGGUAAGAUUAAUCAAGACAGAUUCUUUAUGAAAAUUAAAAAAAUUAUGUGA